ACUCGAUAACUGACGUAACGCUCCUGACAAGUCAGCGCGUCCCCAACCAAAUUAAUUACACCCAAAUAUAAUUUUAUUUUUAGUAACUGUAAAUUUCUCCGUUCUCGCUCAGCGCAACCAAGGAGAUCUACUACUACUGUGAAUUCGUGCUCGUCACUGUUGAUUCUUGAUUAUCGAAGCUUUUUACGUCAAUACGGUGUCGCAUUGAGAGCCAAGCUUCGGGAAAUUUUGUUCAUGUUAUCGUGAUUGUUGGUGAUUGAUGACAGAAGAGAGUCAAGGACUGACAGUGAAUUUGAUUCUCGAAGCAUAAUUGGAAACAUAUACAUUUCGGUUAUUAGGCUUCAGAAUUGGAGGGUUGGGUCGAGGAAUUGAGUUGCUAAAGGGCAUUCCGAUCGUGAGUCUUCGUGCAUAGCUAACAGGUUUGAAGUAUUUGAAGCUAAUAUGAUGGAUGAUGUAAUGGAGACCGGGAAUAUGGGGCACUACCAGGACAGGUUGAGGACUUUCCCAAAUAUGCGCACAAAACCAUACACACCAUUGAUCUUUCGCAUUCUCAUGAGAUUCAAUGUCCGAGUUCUUUUUCUGUUUCUGCUCUUUGGGUUUGGAGCUAUUUUUUAUGUUGGUGCAAGUACCUCCCCGACCAUUAUAUUUGUAUUUGCAGUAUGCAUCACAAGUUUCUUGGUAGCAAUGUAUCUAGCUAAAUGGGUCCUUGCAAAGGACGAGGGACCUCCUGAAAUGACUCAGAUAUCAGAUGCAAUACGCGACGGUGCUGAAGGUUUUUUCAGAACUCAAUAUGGAACUAUCUCCAAGAUGGCCAUAUUACUAGCUGGAGUGAUUCUCUGCAUAUACCUAUUGCGUAGUACAACUCCUCAGCAAGAAUCUUCUGGCCUAGGAAGGUCUGCAUCUGCAUAUAUUACUGUUGCUGCUUUUCUUCUAGGGGCCAUGUGCUCUGGUGUUGCUGGAUAUGUUGGCAUGUGGGUCUCAGUACGUGCAAAUGUUAGAGUCUCGAGUGCUGCAAGGCGGUCCGCAAGGGAGGCACUGCAGAUAGCUGUCAGGGCUGGCGGAUUCUCUGCUAUUAUGGUAGUUGGUAUGGCUGUAGUUGGUGUUGCCAUUCUCUAUUCCACAUUUUAUGUCUGGCUAGGGGUGGGUUCACCAGGUUCUAUGAAGGUCACAGACUUGCCCCUUCUUCUCGUGGGUUACGGUUUUGGUGCAUCCUUUGUUGCCCUCUUUGCUCAGCUUGGUGGAGGUAUAUACACAAAAGCAGCUGAUGUUGGCGCUGACCUUGUUGGAAAAAUAGAGCAUGGAAUACCUGAAGACGAUGCUAGGAAUCCUGCAGUGAUUGCUGAUUUGGUAGGAGACAAUGUGGGUGAUUGUGCUGCUCGAGGUGCGGAUCUAUUUGAAAGCAUAGCAGCAGAAAUCAUCAGUGCUAUGAUACUGGGAGGAACAAUGGCUGAACGCUGCAAAAUUGAAGAUCCCUCGGGCUUCAUUCUGUUUCCUCUUGUUGUUCACUCGUUUGACCUAGUGGUAUCAUCUGUUGGAAUAUUUUCGAUACGGGGAACACGGGGUUCUAACUUAAGUGGUGGUGCAGAAGAUCCAAUGAUGAUUCUUCAGAAAGGAUAUUCUCUUACAAUAUUAUUAGCGGUUCUAACCUUCGGGGUGUCUACACGCUGGAUGCUUUACACGGAGCAAGCGCCUUUAGCCUGGCUGAAUUUUUUUUUAUGCGGUUUAGUUGGAAUCACAACCGCGUAUGCUUUUGUCUGGAUCACUAAGUACUACACUGAUUACAAGCAUGAGCCAGUACGAACAUUGGCUCUUUCUAGCUCUACAGGGCAUGGAACUAACAUCAUCGCGGGUAUCAGUUUGGGUCUGGAAUCCACAGCUCUUCCUGUUCUGGUCAUAAGCGUAUCUAUAGUUUCAGCUUUCUGGUUAGGCCGCACCUCUGGACUAGUGGAUGAAGCUGGAAAUCCAACUGGCGGGUUGUUUGGGACCGCGGUAGCGACAAUGGGAAUGCUAAGUACUGCAGCAUAUGUUCUCACUAUGGACAUGUUUGGUCCAAUAGCUGAUAAUGCUGGUGGGAUUGUAGAGAUGAGCCAGCAGCCUGAAAGUGUUCGAGAAAUCACCGAUGUUCUUGAUGCUGUUGGAAAUACCACAAAAGCUACCACUAAAGGUUUUGCUAUUGGAUCUGCAGCUCUUGCAUCAUUCCUCCUGUUUAGUGCUUAUAUGGAUGAAGUAGCAUCAUUUGCUCAUGAACCUUUCAAGCAGGUUGAUAUUGCCAUUCCAGAAGUAUUUGUUGGUGGAUUGUUGGGCUCCAUGCUUAUUUUCCUCUUCAGUGCAUGGGCCUGUGCUGCAGUUGGGCGGACUGCACAAGAAGUGGUUAAUGAAGUAAGAAGACAGUUCACCGAGAGACCAGGCAUUAUGGACUACAGGGAAAAGCCAGAUUAUGCCCGGUGUGUAGCAAUUGUUGCGUCUGCAUCUUUAAGAGAGAUGAUAAAGCCUGGAGCUUUGGCUAUUGCAUCACCUAUAGUUGUUGGUUUAGUUUUUAGGUUAUUAGGGUUCUAUACAGGGCAAACUCUUUUAGGGGCAAAAGUUGUAGCUUCCAUGUUGAUGUUUGCAACUGUAUCUGGUAUUCUCAUGGCUCUUUUCCUUAACACUGCUGGUGGAGCCUGGGACAAUGCUAAGAAAUAUAUUGAGACAGGAGCUCUUGGAGGCAAAGGGAGUGAUUGUCAUAAAGCAGCAAUUACAGGGGACACUGUUGGAGAUCCAUUCAAGGACACGGCUGGACCUUCAAUCCAUGUUCUCAUUAAAAUGCUUGCGACGAUCACCCUUGUCAUGGCUCCUGUGUUUCUAUGAGGGUGCACCCUCUGAAUCCUCUUCCCUUAAAACAUUACAUAUUGCACACACAUAACUAGAAUCAUGUCUUAACAGCAGGGCCUGAGGAUUUUUUUUUUUGGGGGAGAGGGGUGCCUGUAGCUACAUCGGGAAAUAUUUGUUUCCAUUUGAAUUUGACCGAGGCUCUAAAGUUAGUAUGAGUUUAUCUGAACAUGUUUGUUUAUUUCUUAUAGAGAUCGUAAACAUACUGCUCUUAAACUUUGUGGUGCUUGGAGUAUAGAACGGUAAUGUUAUGGCGUCUGCCGUCUAGUACUAGCAACUUGAAAUUUUGAAAGGUUCGCGGGACAUUUAUGUAACUGCAAUAUCUUAGUUUAAACUUCAAAUUUGUGGUUUGAA